AUGACUAACUCAAAGGGUCUCAGACGCGGUACGCGUUACAUGUUCGCUCGCGAUUUCCGCAAGCAUGGAGUCGAGCAUCUUUCAACCUACUACCGUAUAUACAAGCGUGGAGAUAUCGUUGAUAUCAAGGGUAAUGGAGCUUUCCAAAAGGGUAUGCCCUUCAAGGCUUACCACGGAAAGACCGGACGUGUUUUCAACGUAACCAAGUCUGCUGUUGGAGUCAUCGUCAACAAGCGUGUAAAGGGAAAGAUUCUUCCCAAGAGAAUCAACAUCCGCGUUGAACACAUCAAGCCAUCUAAGUGCCGUUUGGAUUUCCUCAACCGUGUUAAGGACAAUGACACUAAGAGAAAGGAGGCUAAAGCCAAGGGAGACAAGAAGCCCCUCUUAAAACGUCUUCCAGUUGGACCACGUGCUGCCCAUGUUGUCAGCAUUAGUGAGAUUGAGACUAUCGCUCCUCUCCGUUACGAGAUUGUGGCUUAA